AUGUCGACGCCACUGUUGCAGGAAGCCAACAGCAAGCCGCAGCCCCAUGCGAUUGUCCGCUUCAUCCGGAACUUCACAGACAUGUACAUGGCGGGAGCCUACUGUGGUAAGGUCACCGGACCCUUCACGGUGCGGCAGGUCAUCAAUCUGCACAAGCUUUUGGUGGCCCCAGUGUACCUCGCCAUGCUGUGGUACUUUGCCGGGGACCUGAGCCUGAAAGAGAUCUGGGGUCCCGCUGCCAGCGCCCUGUUGAUCUGCCAUGGGACGUAUGGGUUUCUGUGGGUCUACAAGGACAUCUACUAUGGAGACCCAAGCUGGCAACGACCCACUGGCUUUCUGGGGGCGGCCAGCAUUUUCAUCUACCCCCUGGGGCUGUACUACAGCCCCAUGCUGUGCUUGAUCACGCACUACUGCGAUUUUGCCAGGUUUGGCCAAGGCAAUGAGCCCUGGGUCCUUGGAAUUGGCUUGUGGUUUUACAUCAUCGGUAUGUUCUACCACUACUGUUCGGACCUGCAGAAGCACGUGCAGCUGAGUCUGGAACGUCCACGCAAGCUCAUUACGACCACUCUUUUUGCACAUACCAGGAAUCCUAACUACUUUGGCGAGGUCAUGAUUUACGUCGGCUUCGCUGUGCUGUCGAUGAAUUGGCUCCCCCUGGGGCUUUUUUCCAUCGCCUGGCUGAACAUCUUCGUGCCCAACAUGCUGGCCAAAGAAGCCUCCAUGUCCCGUCAUGCGGCUUGGAAGGACUGGGUGGCUCGCUCGGGCAUGUUCUUCCCGUAUCUUCCGACCUUGAUCUCUGAGUUCUGCUGCAACGCGCUCUCCAAGACGGCUAUACCACCGUCGGCCUCACCGCCGUGA